GGUCCCCUCCCGCCGCCCGCCUCCUGCGCACUCGGCGCCCGCGUCCCGGGCCGGCAGCACCCGGAGCCCUGAUCCAGGACUGAGGCCCAAGGCGACCACUAGGAUGCUGCGGGGCCCCUUCAUGGCACUGCUGCUCGGGGGGCUCCUGGGGACUCUCCAUGCCCAGCAGCAAGAGCUCAUCUCACCUGACACUGUCACCUCUGAGAGGACAAACGGCUGCCCAGAGAAAACCGACUGCCCUGUCCACGUGUACUUCGUACUGGACACCUCUGAGAGUGUGGCCAUGCAGUCGCCCACCGACAGCCUGCUCUACCACAUGCAGCAGUUUGUGCCGCAGCUCAUCAGCCAGCUGCAGAACGAGCUCUACCUGGACCAGGUGGCGCUCAGCUGGCGCUACGGCGGCCUGCACUUCUCCGACCAAGUGGAGGUCUUCAGCCCGCCAGGCAGUGACCGUGCCUCCUUCACCAAGAGCCUGCAGGGCAUCAGCUCCUUCCGCCGAGGCACCUUUACCGACUGCGCGCUGGCCAACAUGACACAGGAGAUCCGCCGCUCGGGGCCCCGCGGCGUCAGCUUCGCCGUGGUCAUCACUGACGGCCACGUCACGGGCAGCCCGUGCGGCGGCAUUAAGCUGCAGGCCGAGCGGGCCCGUGACGAGGGCAUCCGGCUCUUCGCUGUGGCGCCCAAUCAGAACCUGAACGAGCAGGGCCUGCGGGACCUCGCCAGCACCCCCCACGAGCUCUACCGCAGCAACUACGCCACCAUGCGGCCGGACUCUACUGAGAUCGACCAGGACACCAUCAACCGCAUCAUCAAGGUCAUGAAGCACGAAGCCUACGGAGAGUGCUACAAGGUGAGCUGCCUGGAGAUCCCUGGGCCACCCGGCCCCAAGGGCUACCGAGGACAGAAGGGUGCCAAGGGCAACAUGGGUGAGCCAGGAGAGCCCGGCCAGAAGGGGCGACAGGGGGACCCCGGCAUCGAAGGCCCCAUCGGAUUCCCAGGACCCAAGGGUGUGCCUGGCUUCAAAGGAGAGAAGGGAGAGUUUGGAGCCGACGGAAGGAAGGGGGCCCCCGGGCUGGCAGGCAAGAACGGCACCGAUGGGCAGAAGGGCAAGCUGGGCCGAAUUGGACCCCCGGGCUGCAAGGGAGACACCGGAGACCGGGGCCCUGACGGGUACACAGGGGACGCCGGCAGCCCAGGAGAGCAAGGAGACCAGGGCGCCAAGGGGGAUGCUGGCCGCUCAGGACGCAGGGGCCCCCCCGGAGACCCCGGAGACAAAGGAAGCAAGGGUUACCAAGGCAACAAUGGAGCCCCUGGAAGUCCGGGUGUGAAAGGAGCCAAGGGCGGACCUGGGCCCCGCGGACCCAAAGGCGAGCCUGGGCGCAGAGGAGACCCUGGAGCCAAGGGCAGCCCAGGCAGUGACGGCCCCAAGGGGGAGAAGGGGGAUCCUGGCCCUGAGGGGCCCCGCGGCCUGACUGGAGAGGUUGGCGGCAAAGGAGCCAAGGGGGACCGAGGGCUGCCUGGACCCAGAGGCCCCCAGGGGGCUCUCGGGCAGCCGGGGAAGCAGGGAUCUCGGGGAGACCCCGGUGAUGCCGGGCCCCGAGGAGACUCAGGACAGCCAGGCCCUAAGGGAGACCCCGGCAGGCCUGGAUUCAGCUACCCAGGACCCCGGGGGACACCGGGAGAGAGAGGAGAGCCUGGCCCGCCUGGCCCAGAGGGAGGUCGAGGAGACUUCGGCAUGAAAGGAAGACCUGGGAGGAAAGGCGAAAAGGGGGAGCCCGCUGAUCCUGGUCCCCAUGGAGAACCGGGCCCUCGGGGGCCCAGAGGAGACCCGGGACCCGAGGGCGAGCCUGGCCCCCCUGGAGACCCUGGCCUCACGGAGUGCGACGUCAUGACCUACGUGAGGGAGACCUGUGGGUGCUGUGACUGCGAGAAGCGCUGUGGCGCCCUGGACGUGGUCUUCGUCAUCGACAGCUCCGAGAGCAUCGGCUACACCAACUUCACCCUGGAGAAGAACUUCGUCAUCAACGUGGUCAACAGGCUGGGGGCCAUCGCCAAGGACCCCAAGUCGGAGACAGGGACGCGUGUGGGCGUGGUGCAGUACAGCCACGAGGGCACUUUCGAGGCCAUCCAGCUGGACGACGAGCGCAUCGACUCCCUGUCCAGCUUCAAGGAGGCCGUCAAGAACCUGGAGUGGAUCGCGGGUGGCACCUGGACACCCUCUGCCCUCAAGUUCGCCUACAAUCAGCUCAUCAAGGAGAGCCGGCGCCAGAAGACGCGCGUGUUCGCCGUGGUCAUCACGGAUGGGCGCCAUGACCCACGUGACGACGACCUCAACCUGCGGGCGCUGUGUGACCGUGAUGUCACGGUGACGGCCAUCGGGAUCGGCGACAUGUUCCACGAGAGGCACGAGAGCGAGAACCUCUACUCCAUUGCCUGUGACAAGCCACAGCAGGUGCGCAACAUGACACUCUUCUCUGACCUGGUGGCUGAGAAGUUCAUCGAUGACAUGGAGGAUGUGCUGUGCCCAGACCCGCAGAUUGUGUGUCCAGAGCUUCCCUGCCAAACAGAUGGACCGAGGCCUGGCGGCGAGCCCCGGGUCACCUUCCUCCGCACGGAAGAGGGUCCAGACCCUACCUUCCCCAGGACCAUCCCCCUGAUCCAGCAGUUGCUAAACACCACGGAGUUCACACAGGACCCAGCCUCGUACUCCCAGCUGGUGGCCAUGAUGGUCUACACCGCUGAGCGGGCCAAGUUUGCCACAGGGGUCGAGCGGCAGGACUGGAUGCAGCUGUUCAUUGACACCUUUAAGCUGGUGCACAGGGACAUCACAGGGGACCCCGAGUCCGCACUGGCUCUGUGCUGAAGCCGUGGGGCUCCCAUGCAGAGCUUAUAGCUUGUAGCUUUCCAGGGCUGCCCCAUAACCAGGGUCUUCUAUGCAGGAAUUCACCUUCCCAGUCUGGAGGCCCCUGGUCCCCAUUUGAAGCCUUUAGGGCCAUGCCCCUGCCACCAGCCCAGGUGAGCUCAGACAUGGACACCUGAGCCAGAGGAGCAACCCCAUCCUGGCUGGGCUCCCAUCCUUCCCUCACCAUGUGCCAGGCCACACUUCCUGCUGCGGGGUGCAGGCAGGAGAAGGGAGCCCAUAGAGGGGGAGGCAGAGCCCGAGAAUCCUGACUCCCACCUGCCGUGCAUCUCAGUCACCUCCCGAACCUGCCACCCCACUGCACGUCCAUCUCCAAGUCUGUAGGAACGUCUGUGGGUGGGUCAUAGUUCAGGGGGCUCGGGGAUAACUUACCAGAUCUGCUAAGCAAGUUCCAGCAGCAAUGUGCACCAAAAUAAGCUACAUCAUGAAUAAGCUUGAGUGAAGUGUCCAGCAGAGGCUCUCUCGCUGGGGGGGGGGGGUUGUCCUCAGGCACAGUGAGCAAAUGCUGAAAGUUUUAUAAAAGCUGAAACGUUUAAACUGAAUGCAUUGCUGUGGUCAAGUGGGCUUUUGACAGGUUGCACCUGGGGUCCCUCAAGCUGGGGGGAUGCUGAGCAUCCUGGUGGUACUGCUGAGGGUUAGGACUCUGUUCCCAAUGGGAUCCCCAGGAGUCUAAGGCCUGGGUUGUGUCAGCGUCCCCCCCCUUUUUCACCCUGAGGGGCCCUCUGUGUCCCUGGAACGCAGAUAGCUGGGUAAAAGUCCAUGGUCUCUGAAGCCGUGUGUAGGCAGGGCCCAGCCUCAGCCCUGGCUGCAGCCACACUCUGUCCCUCCUGGCCAGGCUGGUGACCGUCCACACGGGGAGGGGUCUUCUGGUCACAAUGCAUCUUAGCGGGGCCCAUGCCAGCUGCUCGGGGUCUGGCCACAUUGUGCUCGCACACAGGAAAGCCGCACCAAGUGGAAAGCACACAGCUGUCAUUCUGGGAGAGACGUGGCCCAGCCAGCUGCAGAGAAUCAGGGCCAAGAGAGAGACGAGGGCCGGGCGUCUUUGAGG